UUUAUCGAUAUUUGAAAUUAGAACCGUUACAACGUAAACUCACACCCCUCCAACGGCUACUUCUUCUUCUUCCAUCUUCUUCACCUCUUUCUUCACCCAUUCGCUCACACCAAACCCUCCUUUCAAUCAUGCAAGAACCCAACCCCGCCACCGCCACCGCCACCUCCGCCCCUCCGCCGCCGCCUCCACCCUCCCAACACCGCCGGCCUCGCGUCCGCGAGGUCAGCUCCCGCUUCAUGUCCCCCGCCGUGCAGCGCCGCCCACGCUCCGACUCCGAUUCCGCCGAUGAGAAUUCCGAAACCCCCUUCCCAAUGGCCUCUUCCUUUUCUCAGAGAAAACAACAACAACAACAACAACAUCAACAUCAACAUCAACAUCAACAUCAACGUUCGGCGAAGCUUCUCAGAGAGAACAACGGACACGACCACCUUCAACAACCUCAUCCUUCGAAAUCGUGCUCCGGCAGAAUCGGAAACCCUAACGCCGGUGGCACGCCUUGUGUUUCGCGGCCUGGUACUCCCACUCCCUCGGUUUAUGUUUCUUCGAGGUAUAGACUCACACAACCACACCAUAAUAAUCAUCACCAUCAUAGAUUUGUUAAUAGCAUGGCCUCUGCUGCUGAGAAGUUAAUGCAAGCCAGUGGAUUGAACCAGGCAAAAUCCAGUACUGCUUGCUCCAGUGAUGAUUCUGGAGUCAAUUGCAGUGUUAGGUCACUCCCUGAAUUGGGGGAUAGGGAUAGGGAUAUGUUGUUGCACUCCAAUGUGAGUGACAAAAUUGGGAGUGGAAAUGGUGGAGAAUUGAAGCUUCGCCACCCUUCGCCGUUGUCGCGGUCGGUUAGUUUGCCGUCUCCCGGCGGCGACUUGGCGGCGAAAGGAGGGAGUGAGAACAAACCUCCUUGUUCUGUCUCAAAGCAGCAUGGGAGUGGAAAUCAGUUGGUUAAGUCAGGGGGGCUUAGUUUGCCUCCUGUUGCUCCUCAGUGUGUGAGGCCUGGAGUGGAUGCAAGGAAGGGGAAGAGAGGGUCUAGUCAUCAGGAAGAUGUGCAUUCCCUUAGAUUGUUACAUAAUCGCUAUUUGCAAUGGAGAUUCGCCAAUGCCAAAGCACAAGCCGCCAUGAAAGCUCAGGAGAAAGAAAGCCUGAAAGCACUAUAUUCUCAAUCAAUGAAAAUAUCAGAAAUGCGCGAUUCUGUUAACACAAAACACAUAGAACUGCAGCUUUUGCGGAGAUCAAAGACUUUGUCAACAAUUCUUGAAGCUCAAAUUCCAUAUCUCGAUGAGUGGUCUACCAUGAUAGAAGAAUAUUCAGUCUCUAUUUCUGAAGUAAUUCAGGCUUUAGUGAAUGCCUCAGUGCAACUUCCAACUGGUGGGAAUGUUAGGGUUGAUGUAAGAGAGCUGGGGGAGGCACUGGAUUCAGCAUUUAAGAUUAUGGAAACAAUGAUUUCCAACAUCCGAAGUUUCAUGCCAAAGGCAGAAGAAACAGAUACUUCUAUUUCAGAAUUAGCCAGAGUUGCUGUAGGGGAAAAAGCUCUUAUUGGAGAAUGUGGAGAUUUAUUGUCAAAGACAUACAAAUUACAGUUGGAGGAGUGCAGCUCAAGGGGCCAUUUAAUCCAACUGCAUUCGAUUUGCCACAAGAAUAAGAACGAAGAACAACAAACAAGCUGAUAGUUCAAACGAAGAACAACACACAUCUAAUGUUGAUAGUUAAUGAGGGAGAAUCAACACUACAAGACCUGCGGCUUCAUUUCUCUUUCACAUUCUUUUACCAUUAGUUGAGAAAAGGGGAAGAAAAGAUCAUUGAUUGAGUUGCUGUUCAACUCUCAAGAAGUUCCACAAGAACUGAAUUAGCUUGUAUUAUUAUCAGUGUAAGGCUGAGGCGCUUAGCCAAGUCACCAUCUGUUCUUACCCCAUUUCACUUACUGGAUGUCAAUAAAAGUAAUAGGACACUUUGUCCUUGAAUGAAUAGAAUGUUUGCCUGUAUUUUCUUUGAACUUUUGUGCUCGUGUGUAUUCCUCUUACAGGUAAAACUAUAUUCCAUCAAGUAUGCAUAACAUGGUGUUGGAAAAUUUGUAUCAAGAGAGAUAGAGAGAGAAAUACUGAAAAUGAUGCAUUUUCGUUUAUUUUGGUGAAGAGAAAAGAAAGAUUAGAGAAAAGCUGAUUGAAAGAAACAAAGAUUC